AUGGAUCGACUUAUUCAUGCCAUCCGUACCACUCCACUGAUUGAUAAUCAUGCUCACCCAUUACUUAUUCCUUCGUCUAAGUGCAAAUAUCCACUACUAGGCAUUACUACCGAGGCGAAUGGAGAUGCUCUAAAGGCUUCCAGUUCAUCAUUGGCACACAUUCGAGCUACAAAUCAACUCGCCGAAAUUCUCGGCUGUCCGCAAACAUGGAGUGAUGUUACGAAAGCCAUCGCAAAAGAAAAUGAGAAGCCAGAUGGUGUUUGGGCAAAAUAUUGUUUUGAAGGAAUUGAAACAAUCCUUCUCGAUGAUGGUCUGAAUACGGAUAAUGAUGCCUUCGACUAUUCUUGGCACGACAAACUAACAAGUAGAAAGUGUAAGAGAAUAGUAAGAAUCGAAAAACUUGCUGCAGAUAUAGUGGACCAGAACCUAGAUUUAUUCGCUGUUUCCGAGGACGACUUCUUUGCCUCGGUGCUUGAAGGGCUUCUGAAAGCCAUAAAUGAUGCUCUGUCUGAUACCGAUGUUGUUGCCUUCAAAUCAGUCAUCUGUUAUAGAUCAGGGCUUGAUAUUUCUCGGGCCUACCCAUUAGGAGAGGUAAAAGAGUCGUUGUUGCAAUGUAUUAUGAAGCAGAAGGCCGAAGGUUAUAGUCAUUCCACAAGGUCCGAUAACCAACUUCUGAAUUCCUGGGCUAUUCACAUGACAGCUGGACUCAUUCAAGACUCAAGGACAACUCACAAGAAGCCAAUUCAAUUCCACACUGGCUUGGGAGAUAAAGACAUAACUCUUACUCGCUCUUCACCAUCCCAUCUACAAGGCUUUAUCCGCGAGUAUCCGGACGUUCCAAUCGUUUUGCUUCAUACGGGUUAUCCGUGGACAAAAGAAACGGGAUACUUAGCUACUGUAUACUCGAAUGUUUAUGCUGAUAUUGGGGAAGUGUUUCCUUGUGUAAGUCAAGAUGGCCAAGAGGCUGUUAUCCGCGAUCUCUUAGAGCUUUGUCCUUCAGAAAAGAUCGUCUGGAGUACAGAUGGGCAUUGGUUUCCAGAAACAUAUUUGCUAGCAAAGAUUCAAUCUCGCGAAGCUUUCGAGAAGGUACUCAUGGAAUAUGUCGACAAGGAAAUAUUGACUCCUACACAAGCUGUUAAACUCGUUGAAGAUGUGUUUUUUAACACAUCUAACGAACUUUAUGGUCUUGAAUUAAAAUUGAAGCAAACAGGGACACAGGUGGUUGAGCGACCUGUUAAUGGAGUGGAUGAUGUUAAACAGACAAAUGGGAUUAACCGAACCAACAACUUCAACGGCACCAAGGGCGUCAAUGGUGUCAACAACAUCCAUCAACUGAACUCGCACAACAAAAAUAGCAGAGCCAAGAGGGCUAGUGGCGCAAAGGUUUUAAAAAAUCCAUCGGACCUUGAGACCUUUGAAUUAUUCAUGGCAAACCACCCAGAAGUUAAGUUUCUGCGUGUACAAUACAUCGAUUACUGCUCUCUCACUCGACUACGGAUUUUACCCAUGAAACGUGUCCAUGAACUUCUGUGCGACAAAAAAAGUGAUGUAUCCAUCGGAAUCACUAAUAGUAGCUUAACGCUGACGCCAGUUGAUCAUCGUAUCGAUUCCGUUUCUCCUAGAGGGGUUCUCAGGCUUCUAAAUGCUGACGUCUCUUCAAUGCGUCCCGGUCCGUGUCAUGGCUAUGCUUCGGCCCAAGCAGAACUCCGCAACCAGGACAAUACUCCGUUGAAUGUAUGUCCCAGAACCACUCUCAGAAACAUAGUGAACAAAGCAAAGAAUCUCGGUCUUGAAUUUCUUGUUGGUUCUGAGAUUGAAAUUGUGUUCAUGAAAGGCACACUCAAUGAAGACAACACAUUCACGUUUGGUCCUCUUCCGGGUGCGGAUUCUCAUUGUUGGGGAUCCAAUAAUGCCCUUCCCCAUGCUAUCAGAGAUGUUGUGGGUGAAAUAGUGGAUACAUUUUCAGAUGCUGGUAUUGACAUUGAACAAUGGCAUCCAGAGUCGGCCACUGGCCAAUUUGAGUUUGUCCUCCCUGCUUGCGUACCCCUUGAGGCUGCAGAUGUACUUUUACAGGCUCGCGAAAUCAUCACUACAAUUGCAGAGAAUCAUGGAUGGCGCGCGACACUACACCCCAAACCUAUCCCGGACAAAAUAGGUACGGGAGCACAUGUUCACCUUUCCAUACCUACCCCAGAAGGCGAGAAGGAAGAAACUUAUACUCACUUCUAUGCUGGAAUAUUGAAACAUCUUCGAUCAAUUACGGCUUUGACCUAUAGUAACGCUGCGAGCUACGACCGUAUUUCUGCGGCUGGUGGUUUUGCCGGCAGUACUUGGGUGACUUGGGGUACGCAAAACCGAGAAACCCCACUACGAAAAAUCGAAGGAUCGCACUGGGAAAUAAGAUGCUUGGAUGGCCUCGCCAACAUCUAUUUGGCCUUAGCAGCAAUGAUUGGUGCCGGUGUAGAAGGCGUGAUUGCAAAAGAAAAGAUGACAUGGCUUGAUUGCGAUAUGUCCCCUGCUAAGUUGAGCCAGGCAGAUAGAGAUGAUUACAAUAUCAAAGAAAUGCUGCCAAGUAGUUUGGAGGAGGCGCUUGCCUGUCUCAAAAACGACCAAGGCAUGUAUAGGAUACUUGGUGAGGCAGUAGUGGUCACAUAUAUUGCAAUGAAACGGGCGGAGCUGGAGCUCAUGAAGCCCAUGAACGAUGAACAGAGGAGAAACUGGAUAAUCGAGAGAUAUUAA